AUGGAGUGUUGCAAAGAUAUGGGGGUUCAAAAGAGACACAGCCAGUUCAGUGACACAAAAUAUAAAUGGAGGACUGUGUUUUUAUUAGUUUUCGUGACCUCUUGUGCUGGACAAGACAGGGAGGAUAUAGAUCCUUACCUCUUGAAUAAGACUUUAGGCCUGACAGAAUUACCUGGAGGUAUUUUAACCGGGGGCUACACGGUAUGGAAGGCUGAUGGCAGUCCAUAUAUGUUACGCGAUGAUCUCUUAGUGGAAAGAGAAGCAGAAUUGCUUAUUGAACCUGGCGUGGAGAUACGCUUUGCACCUAUGAUUGGAAUUACUGUAAGAGGGAAAUUGCUGGCUGAGGGUAGGAACGAAAGUAAGAUAGUAUUCACCAGCACUCAAGAUCAACAGUCCCCCAAGCCAUUUCCCGAUAUACGACUUGUUGAUGGCCCUUCUAUUCUGGCGGGGAGAGUACAACUGUUGCAUCGCGGACAAUGGCGAUCGGUGUGUACCAACUCAAGAAAUUGGACCGUUAACGACAUGGAAACGGCCUGCCGGCAAUUAGGUUUCUUGGGUGGAACGUUUUACAACUGGAUGGAUCGACAAGCCGGUCGACGUGUGCGCCUCUUAUACGAGGAGCCCAAGUGUAAAGGCACGGAGUACGACCUGUUUCAAUGUGACUGGCAGUCACGACAACUCGGAUCGGGUGUCUGCGAUUACCAUCCCGACCUGGCUAUCCAAUGUCUACCUCAUCACGAUAACAACGAACUCACAAAUUAUGGUACACACUGGCGAGGAAUACGCUUCGAAAAUGCCCUGUACGAAAGAAUACUCACAGCCGAAAAUACACUCUACGUUCCAACUUCAACGUCGAAGCUCUCCCAUGUUAUUAUAAAAAAUUCAGGGCUAGGAAGAGAUAAUAAUGCGACCAGCGCGUUGGAUAUUAUAGGAGUUCCCCCGGUCAUGGAGGAUAUAGAAAUAUCGAACUCUGCUUUCAACGCUGUCAACGUGACAUCACCGAACGCGCCUAUAAUCAUAAACAACUGUACGAUUCGAAACAAUAGAGGGUACGGAGUUUAUGUAAAUUCAACGUACGGCAUGGCGAAGAUCGAAAAUUGCUUGAUCCACGACAACGGCGGCGACGGGGUCAAGUACGUGGUGCACGAAUUGAACAUAGACGAAAGAUUCGAUCGCACAGAAGUAUUCGAUCUAUGUACGCUAGCGUCGACGCCCAGCCAAACGUUUCCCAUCAUGAUGUCAAUAGAACAAUCUAAAUAUUCGAACAUGGAGCGGGAUUGUAAUCAAAAAUUUUACACGAGACCGGACCACGUUUUAACUUUGAGUUUCAUAAAACUUUUAACCAACAAAAAUGACACUGGACACAUAUACGUCUACGAUGGAUUGACUGCGGAAGAUAAACUGUUGAUGUCGUUUAGUAUACGAAAUCACACGAGACCGCAAAGUAUUAGGUCCACUAGAAGUCGCAUGUACGUCAGAUUUCAUGCAAACACUAGGACUGAUAUAGUUGGGUUUUUGAGAUUAACGUCCGGAAUAAGCAAAACCUAUGAUUUGAAUGUUACCGAUUCCAUAAUAUCCGACAACAAUGGUAGAGGCGUGGUUAUAGAAAACUUGCGAUCACAGAUACACGUGCACCGUACUUCAAUUUCUAAUAAUAAUCACGUCUCGGGACUCCAAGUUUUAAACGGGGCUGGUGACAUCAACGUUACCGAGAGCAGAAUAUCCUUCAAUCAAGGUGAUGGAAUAAAUAUCACAGUUACAGGGGGAAACAGAAACAUUUCUAGGAGUAUAAUAAGUUCUAAUCAGCGGUUCGGUAUAGCGGUGUGGAUAAACAAUACGCAAGAGACCGAAUACAUACCUACUAACCAAACUACGGUUGUUGAAUAUUCGGAGAUAUUUAAAAAUUUAGACAUAGGCAUAUUACAUGGUAAUUUCUGCGGUGACAGCUGGGUUAACGUAUCCGGUAACUGGUUCAAUUCUAGCGUAGAGAGCACAAUCGAUAUAUCAACUUGCUGGCUUAGGAACGAUCCUAUAAAAUUACUGAAUCUACAAAUAGGACACAAUCGUUUCUACCAAAAUUUUAAAGUGCCCAUUAAAAUUCAACCGGCUUUAAAUGUUAUGGGCAGAAUAGAAUAUAAUUACUUCGAGCAAGGGGAGUAUGGUGCGAUCGUUAUUUUAAAUAGAAUAGAAGGAAAGUACUUGGAAGAAUUUGAAAAACUCCCAGCCCGUUUCCAUAUACAGCAUAAUUACUUUUUUGGAAACCAGGGACCUUUUGUCGUUAAUCUCGGGUUAUCUCCUUAUAGUGACCUUCAAUAUAUUUUGUUUUCGAGAAAUUAUUUAAGGGAAAAUAAAAUCAAGGAACAGUUUGAGACAUUCGAUGGAUCUCCGCAAUUGACACCGAGGAGUAGAGUAGCGGCUACGAUUGUCUUGGCCUCGAGUAACAUUGACGUGUUUAGAAAUAUAAUUCACAAUCCCGAAGCCCAAUAUGAAGUCGGAUCGCACGUGGAAGAUCAAAGCAAAACGCUUAACUGCACAUACAAUUGGUUGGGUUUUGGCGAAGAAGAAAAGGUCUACAACAGACUAUUUCAUCGAAAGGAUAGAUUUAAUUUAGCUAAAAUUUUAUACAUGCCAUAUUUAUUACACAGCAGUAAUCCUGGUGCUACUCAAAUCAAUUAUAACUCUUUAUAUGUGCCGCAGUUUAAUGUUCCGGGCACAAACGUCGUCGGAGGGGAAGUUGAGGGCAUAGAAAUAUUGCGUCAAGGAGAAUACGACGUGGUAAAAGACAUAAAUAUUCGACCAGGUGGCAAGUUGAUUUUGCAAUCUGGUGUAACCUUAAAGUUUCCACCGGCUAUCGGAAUGAUGGUCGCUGGCAAGUUAGACGCAAGGGGUAAACGACCCAACGAUAUUACCUUCACACUAAAAGAAGAAGUGGCCAUGAGUAAUGAUACAGUGUACGAAACGGAUGCAGAUUUGGAACCCACUACACCCGGUUAUAUAGAACCCGUCGUACCUAUUAGGCUUCUCGGAGGGAGAACGCAAUACGAGGGGCGCUUGCAAGUUCGUGUAGACGGUAAAUGGGGAACCGUUUGUAAUUAUAAAUGGAAUAUCAUUAAUGCCGCAUUGGUUUGUAAUCAGUUGGGCUUAGUAUUGAAUCCUGAAGAUUGGUUCCUGGAGCCAAAUGAAAUACCGAAUGCCGGCCUCACCGAAGAUAUCAUUCUAUCUAAUGUAGAAUGCACAGAGUUCGAUAACGAUGUAACGAAGUGCAAAGCUGAGACGAUAGAUAGUUUUGAGAAUUCGUGCACUCACGAUAACGAUGUGGGUAUUCGAUGUUAUGAAACGAGCUGGGCUGGGGUACGAUUUAGUGUUAUAGCCGAACGUGCCGAUCUACAGUACGUCACCAUUGAAAAAGCGGGUCUGCUGGAUUAUUCAUCAAAUAUAUUUAAACCUGCCCUCCAAAUAGAUUUCGCACGUCACAGCUUGGAAAGCGUUCGCAUCGUAAACAACUACCACGACGGCUUAGGCAUAUUAUAUUCAGACUUAUAUGGUUCGGAUGCAGUAAAUACUGUCAGAAACUCGGAGUUCAGUAAUAACAAGGGCAGCGGAAUAAGCUUUAAGCAAUUAGGAAUCAAGGUAUACAGCUCGAUAAUUGAAAACAAUAAAGUGGCAGGAAUCUUCCACAACCCACAUUUAACUGGCGCUCAACAAAGAGAACUAGCUGGGUGGUUCAACUUAGAUCCCAACUUCAACAUGGAUGAAUCUAGUUACCGUCCUAUAAAUAUCCCCGAGUACCAAACCGAUAUAUCGCUUGCUAACGGUGAAACUAGACACAUCGUGUUCAACAAACAAUUAAACGAGAAUAUUGUAAGAUUUUAUAAUAUCAAAUGUAACCCCGGUUACGUUUUAGGACUGCAGCUUUUAAAUCCCAUUCAUAACUUUUCGUCGGAAAGCAUUUGCAUCUAUGACUCGCAGAACAUAAACGAAGGUAGUACAGUGUGGUGUUUAGACCGUGACCUCUCAACAUUUCCAACAACUAGUAAUAGUUUUGGGGUCGUUCUGAAGUAUGAAAGCGGUGUCAACGCAUUAGGCGGGGUUAUUUUAGUCGUCAGUACGAUAGUUGCGCCAGUUCAAAACGUCCGAAACAAGAUCAUUAGAGGACCUGUUCCUACGCUAACAAUUACUAAUACAAAGUUAAAGGGCAACACUAAGGGAGUCAAAGCUUUGUAUUAUAAUCGUUACUUAAACGAACUCGGUGAUCAUUUUCUCAGGAAAGCUAAUGAAACGAUUAAAAUUAUUAACUGCGAAAUCUCACAUAAUACUGAAGAAGCCUUUUAUGUCAAUACACCCUUCUGGGAUAUUCACGAGAGCAACAUAACGGAAAUUACCUUAAUGAUCAAUAAAACAACAAUUACAGACAACGGAAAAGGAAUUUACCAUUUUGCGCGAGAUUUGAGGAGUUCAAAUAAUUUGUAUCACUACGUCCUACAGGAUAACACGAUAGAAAGGAACAAAUAUGGCGGAUUCGAUGUGGGUCUUCCGUAUGUAUGGAAAUACAAUGAAAAUUUCACUCAUUCGGUAUACAUGAGUAACAACACUUGGCGCAAUAACUACAAUUUCGGAUUAAUUAUUGACGGGCAUUUCGCAGAAGUUAAUUUAACAAAAAACGUCUUCACCGAUAACAUUUGCUAUAACGGUUUAAUUUCAAUUCGCGGUAUGGAGAAGAAGAUGAAGGUCGAUGGUAAUUUUAUUGAAAGAAAUAACGGCCGAUUCAUGGUUCAGUUCCAUAUGGACAGCCAGAGUGAAAUAAUGGGAUUCGUUUACGCCGUCUUUGUUUACAAUCAAGUAAAAAACAAUAGAUACUCUCAAACUCUUCGAGGAUUACUAAUAAGAAAUAUAGACCCAACGUACGUUAUAGGAUUCAAAGGUAUUCAGAAAGUCAAAGUGUCUAGAAAUCUAUUCGGUAACAAUGCAGUGGAGUAUACCUUAGUAGCUGGUAUCAAGACGGCAAAAAUAAAUAACUUGUUAGACGUAACAGAAAAUUGGUGGGGGUUAACAGACGAACAAAAAAUAAGAAAACAAAUAUUUGACUUUGACGAUUGGAACAACCACGCUAUAGCAACCUACUUGCCGUAUUUAUUAGAGGACAGUUUCGAUUCUAGUGUUUCUGUUACAUUUAGUCCUGAAACUGUUGUUGACGUUAACUCACUCGGCGGUCGCCUUACAUCUGAUCUAGUUCUGGAAUCACGUAUUGCCCCUUACAUCAUAAAAGCAGAUAUAACAGUUAUGCCUGAUAUCACUUUGACCAUAAAUCCGGGUGUAAUAUUGGAAUUCGCGCCUAAUGUGGGAAUUCUCGUUAUGGGGACAUUAAAUGCUAUUGGACAAAGCCAUUUACCAAUCGUAAUGCGGCCGCUUACAUUUCCUGACAGUAUAGAAAACAAUAUACAGAAGAGAGAUGUCGGUCAAUAUUCAUUUGUAAAACAUAGACAACAAAGACAGUUGGAAUCCAUGGUCGUUCAAGCCUCGAUAAGACUUUGCACGGGUAGAAAUUGUUCAAUUAACGAAAAUAAUAUAAACAGAAAGAACGAAGGUUUUCUAGAAUAUUACAACAAAACCACACUGCAAUGGGUGCCCAUGUGCGACAAUCGUUUUACGGAGAGAAAUGCCCAAGUCGUGUGUCGAGAAUUGGGCUUCGAUCCGAUUAAUGUGUUCUUCGCUCAUGACCGUAGAGUUGAAUACCACAGCAAUUCGUUGUCUAGGAUUUGGUCUUGGCCGGAGCCAUUACAAUGCGUCGGAAUCGAGGAACGUUACGAAGACUGUCCGAUUCGAUUAAAUGGACAGCUCUACGGUCACAGGCACGAAUGUAAAUGGGAUUCGGGUUUCAUCUUCAUACACUGCGGCGCUAGGAACCUCGAAGAAAAUCUAGAUUACUGGGGAGGGAUAAGGUUCGCGAACCCGGAAUUCGAGUACUCCCUAUACGAGCAUAGAAUACACGACCAUCACACUCACGAGACGAUGAAAAAAGCCGAAAGCACUCUCCGCAAUGUACAUAUAAUCGGUGCAGGGAUAUUGCACAAUGAGAAGUCACCAGCGAUACAGAGUAUAAUUAAGAAUCCUCAAAUUCGUAGCGUGAACGUCACCAAGUGCGCUCACCACGGUAUCAACAUAGUAUCACCGACUGACACCAUCGACAUGAUGUUUAAUUCCGUCAUCGACAUCCUCGGCGAAGGUGUGAACGCUAUAUCUAUGACAGGGGAGGGAAGGGAGUCAGACGAAUCCAGCUUCACGCCGCUAAAAGAUCUCAAUUUGCCAUACCAUUUAUUUUCCUUCAUUGAUAUCUGCGAUAGUACAAAGGUAAUAACGGUGGAAGAGAGAGUUCUUCUGUAUUACAAGUACGACAACAAUCCAGUGAAUUGCGUGAAGAUAUUCAAAAGCAUGUACCGCGUUAAGCCUUUUGGAUUCAGACUGUUGCAAUUCAAUCUAUUCAACCACACGCUAAAUUAUGGUAAAAGAGAUUCUUUAACUCUUUACGAUGGCGACAUCUACAAUAUCACCGCCCCGCAGAUAGGUUAUCUCGAGAAUGGUUCGGCUGAUGAGAAGAAGUUGUUCAGAACAGAUGGCGCCAGUUUGAGUGUCAAACUAUUUGCCAACGGUGCUUCUUCAGUGCACGGCUUCAUUGCAGAGAUCGUGACGUUGCCAAUCUCGGCUAUUGGAAUAAACCGUGAUGUCCAGCAUAACAUAUCGAGCAGCGUUUUUACAAGAAACCGCGAUGGGGCAAUCAAUUACCAAUCCGUGGGCGAAGUGAACCCUCUCGUCGCGAUCAUUCGAAACGAAUUUAACGACAAUUGCCUCAAGCUGUAUGGAAACUUUACCACUUGCCAAGCUGCUGUAAGAGUAGAUGUACAGAAUACGCAAACGCUAGUGUUUAGGAACAACUUGGUGCGCAACAAUGUGGGUGGUCUGGUGGUGAGAGCAGAUUCCAGAGGAUCAGCAACUUCGCUCCGUGGUUGGAUUCACAACAAUUUAUUCUUCGGUAACCACGAUCUGCCCUGUCUUCAGCUUGAAGGUCGGCAGUCAUCGCCGUACCAGGAGGUUACAAUAUACCGGAACUACUUCACACACAACCGUGCCAGAUACAGGGACGUCAUAGUUCUUCGCCAAGUAGUGUCGAACUUCACUCAUAACUAUGUGCACGAUAACACCGGCAUGAGGAUCUUGGAGAUAUCCGGCUUUGACAAAGUGCGUCUCCCGAUCUAUCAGACCACGUCGCACAAUGGCUUUUACAAAAACUACGCCUUGGAUUGGGAAUGUCGCGCAACAAUAGUCGCCGGGACGGCUGGACAACAUUACGUCGACAACAUCUUCUUCAACCCAGACAACGACUAUGAGAUGGUCACAGUCAACCGAUCGAUCUUUUUCGAUUAUAACCCGAAUGCUAUGAGUGCGCUAGACCUUUGGCGUACGCGCAUAGAUGCGAAACACAAUUAUUGGAGUUACAACGAGAGUUUAGCGGUGGCUGGCCGAAUUCGGGAUAAGUCAGACAAUCCUCUCCUGCUGGAAGUGGAUUACCGCCCAUAUUACAUGAACAAUUUGACGGUUCUCGGGGGUGGCAAAUGCCCGCCUGGCUGGGAUUCAGUAGCAGACACAUGCUAUAUGUAUGUUGGGGCUCCGAUGACGUACGAAGAGGCCAGGCUUUUUUUGUUUGUCCGACAACGCGUCCAUGCCUACGGUGACAGAGUCUGGGUGAACCACAUCGACUAUGUGACGCAGUGUACUUCAUUUGCCUUCUCCGAUGUGGAAAUAACAGAUUGUAACCAGAAGAAUGCGUUUAUAUGUGAAAUUGAUCCCAAAAUAACAAUUGAUCCUCUGUCGUGGCAAGGAGACACCUUGGCAGUAGCAUUUAUCGGAGUGCUGGUAGCGGCAGUCUUUCUCGUCAUCCUAGCACUUAUUUGCUGGUACUCAAAGUCUAAACACAGACAUCUUCAACGGUUAGAAAGACGGAACUCAAUUCGGCAGUCUCUCCAUUCGGUUAGAUCCAUCGGCAGCAUUAACGGAUACCCAGAUAAUACGUACAGAAGGAAAAUGGCGCAAAUGAGCACGCGAUCAACAGACACCUUAACAAAAGCCUCCGAUUACAAAAAGAUGCUCGCGUCCACUGCCUCCAUGGAGUCCAUGGAGAAGAGCCAGUUCAACUCUUCGUUGGAGGACACGCAGAGUUUCGACAUCUAUGAAGCGCAUAACCCGAAUAACAUUAUCCAAUUGAAACAUAGUACGUUCAAUAAGAAGACAUCCUCGCCAGAGUACAGUGUGCCUCAAAAUGUUGCCACUAGGCCGUACAAUUUAGCAUAUAGAAAUGAAGGCUACAGAGACAAUUCGGGAGCUACGAGUGGAGCGCCAUCUAUGAACACGGUCACGACCGAGGAGUUACCAAUAAUCCACCACCCCGGAGGUCUCUCGGCGGACGACACUAUAUCACCCAACAGCGAGACUAAUCCUUACUUCACGUCUGACACUCUUCCUCUGCGAGGGAAAUCUGACGACCCGAUCGCGCUCAAACGCGAGUUAGAAAGAGAAGGCAAGAUAUACGGAUACGGCGCACCAUCGUAUGACCCACAGCCGAAGCUAUCAUUCCUAAUGGAGUUGAGGUCUCGUAUGCCCGAAGAAGCUCCAUCACCACACUCUACGACAACCUUUAGUAAAAGGAACGAACCAGAACAACCCAAGUACUACGAGGACAGCCAUCCUAGCCCACCGCCACCCAUAUAUUCCAACUAUGAACAACAGAGUUAUGAUUCCAGUCCAGCAUCACACGACUUCGACGAUUACUCCUCAGAGUUGCACGAACGAUCACGAUCUGAAGCUAUCCUCGAAACGAACUUUGACUUCGACAGUCCCGAAAAUUCAGCUUUAAGUGAAGAAAAUAGAUCGCAUAGUCAACCUUUGGAAACUGCUAUGUAG